UGCACUGCCAAGUAAUGCGCUCUACGGGAAUCGUAUCCGCGCCAUCUUUGCAAGUAUGCCGCGCACUUCCAGGCUUGACGCUGAGGGUGACAAUCCGCACCCCGACGCGGGACCAAUCAUUGGCCACACCGAGCUCAAGCGACAUGCCCACAUUGCUGCCCUCUUGGGUAAGGACACGGCCGACAAGAUCGCCAAAGCGCGCGUGCUCGUUAUCGGCGCAGGCGGGAUUGGCUGCGAGUUGCUCAAGAAUCUCGCCAUGGUCGGCUUUGGUGACAUUGAGAUUAUCGACUUGGACACCAUCGAUCUCUCCAACUUGAACAGGCAAUUUUUAUUUCAAAAGCAGCACAUUCACAAACCCAAGUCCCUCAUAGCGCGCGAGACAGCCCUGUCGUUCAACCCGCACGUCAACAUCACCGCGCACCAUGACAACAUCAAGGCUCCCAAAUAUGGUCUGCGGUGGUUUGCCGGCUUUGACAUCGUCCUCAAUGCGCUGGACAAUCUCGAUGCUCGCCGGUGGGUCAACAGGAUGUGUGUCGCAGCAAAUGUACCACUCGUAGAAAGCGGAACUACGGGCUUUCUAGGUCAGGUCCAACCGAUCUUUCCAGGCAAAACACAAUGCUACGACUGUACUGAAAAGCCGAUACCGAAAAGCUACCCAGUCUGCACGAUUCGUUCAACACCCAGCGCACCGAUUCACUGCAUCGUUUGGAGCAAGAGCUGGCUUUUCGCUCAGCUAUUCGGCCCAGAAGACGAAACGGAAGAGCAAGAGCUACAAAAAGCGCUAGCCAAUGGCGAGAAUGCAGAAGAGAUUGAGAAGCUGCAGGAAGAGUCCAAAGAGAUAAAGUCAAUUCGUGUUUCGCUUGUCGAGGGUGAAGGCGCUGCUCAGCGCGUCUUUGAGAAGGUGUUCCGGAAGGACGUUGAGAGACUGCUUGGGAUGGAGAACAUGUGGAAGAACCGGAUAAAGCCGAGAGCGCUUAUUUGGGAUGAGGCAAAGAAGUGGGAGCAUACCGAGCUUCCGCCAGCAGCAAUAGCGGCCGAAACUAAUGCGACAGCAGCGCAGCCCGCGAAAGUCCCGGGCUUGGCACCAGCAGCCACUCGGAACGGAUCUACACAAGCCAGUGGCGAGGGAUUGAAAGACCAUCAGGCUCUGACACUCCAGCAAAACGUCGAGCUGUUCGAAAAUAGUCUUUUGAACCUCGCCAAGCGCGCUACCGCUUCUCCUGAUGAUCCACUCUCAUUCGACAAGGACGACGACGACGCCCUCGACUUUGUCACGGCCAGCUCCAAUCUGCGCUCAUUCGUGUACGCCAUUCCGCGCAAGACGCGCUUCGAAGUCAAGGAGAUGGCAGGUAAUAUUAUUCCGGCGAUUGCGUCGACGAACGCGAUCAUCGCUGGGCAAAUCGUUAUCCAGGCCAUCCAGGCGCUUCGCGGUCGAUGGGACCAGGCGCAUUUUGUCACGCUCAGCCGGUCCGGUGUCCGCCUGCUCAACGGCUUCGAAGUAGCGAAACCCAACCCGGCUUGCAGCGUCUGCUCGGAGAACUACGGCCUCCUGCGCGUGCCGUCCGUCGAGAUGGUCACGUUGGGCGAAGUGCUCAAUAAGGUAGUGCGGAAGGGCAGAGAUGCCGGCGGCCUCGGCUUUGACGAAGCGAGCGAGCUGUCCGUGUAUGAAGGCAGCCGCUUACUCUUCGAUCCGGACAUGGACGACAA